AUGGCUACCACAGCCCUUCCAGCUGGAGAAGCCACGCGCAGGCAGACCGCAGCCUCCUCGUCAAGCUCUGCCUCUGCCUCACCCCUUGAUACGCCACAUAUGUCUGCGUCUGAUACCUCUUUAUCCUCGGAAUCAGAAGACCAGCCGGACGCCGGAGUUGGAAAACUGGUCGACACCUAUGGCAACAAGUUUGAACUGCCAAACUUCACCAUUCAGCAGAUCCGUGAGGCCAUUCCAGCUCAUUGCUACAAGCGUGAUGGCUUCCGCGGUAUGCAGUAUGUCUUGAGAGACAUCGCCUGUCUUGCCACUACCUUCUAUAUCUUCCACAAUUAUGUUACUCCCGAGACUGUGCCCUCAACACCGGUUCGAUUCGUCCUCUGGGGCCUUUAUACCUUCAUUCAGGGGCUGUUUGGUACUGGUAUCUGGGUCCUGGCCCACGAGUGUGGCCAUCAAUCGUUUUCGACUUCCAAGGUCUUCAAUGACACCGUUGGCUGGGUUUUGCACUCGUCCUUGCUCGUGCCGUACUUCUCUUGGAAGAUCUCCCAUGGAAAACACCACAAGGCAACUGGAAAUAUGCAGCGUGAUAUGGUCUUCGUCCCAAAGACGAGAGAAGCAUAUGCUUCGCGUGUUGGCCGCAUGGUCCACGAACUCAGCGAGCUGACUGAAGAGACCCCCAUUCACACCAUGAUCGAUAUGAUUCUCCAGCAGUUGUUUGGAUGGCCCAUGUAUUUGAUCACCAACGUUACCGGCCACGAUUGCCAUGAACGCCAGAGCGAGGGACGCGGCAAGGGUAAGAAAAAUGGUUUCUUCGGCGGUGUCAACCACUUCAACCCCAACAGCCCCUUGUACGAGUCCAAGGACGCCAAAUUGAUCUUACUCAGCGAUUUGGGUCUGCUGAUCGUUGGAUCCAUUUUGUACUCUCUCGGAAACAAAUUUGGAUGGGUCAACAUGUUGGUCUGGUACUUCAUCCCCUACCUCUGGGUUAACCACUGGCUCGUUGCCAUCACCUUCUUGCAGCACACCGACCCAACCCUUCCCCACUAUCAACCUGAGGCAUGGAAUUUCACCCGUGGAGCCGCUGCUACUAUCGAUCGUGAAUUUGGAUUCAUCGGCCGCCAACUCCUGCACGGCAUCAUCGAAACCCACGUUCUCCACCACUAUGUCAGCACCAUCCCCUUUUAUAAUGCUGAUGAAGCCACUGAAGCCAUCAAGAAGGUCAUGGGCCAUCAUUAUCGCUCUGACACAAAAGAUGGCAGCCUCGGCUUCAUUCGAGCUAUGUGGACCUCUUUCCGAACCUGCCAGUGGGUUGAGCCCUGUGAGACCGCUAAGGGAGAAGGCAAAGCCGUUCUCUUCUUCAGGAACCGUAACAAUCUCGGCCUCAAGCCUGCCACUCUUAAGCCAGUUAGCAAUUAA